AUGGAAAGAUACACGGUACCCCUGUCUCCAUCGCAUGAAACACCCAAGGGCCAUCUUAGGUGCUGAUCUUUCCCUUUUACUUUCUUCUGUUUAAGUAAAUACUUUUUUCUGAAAAAUUUGACCUUCAGAAGAAACUCUGUCAUGGGAAGUUCUCUGUGGCAUCAGACUACCACUGAAUUGAACGGGAGAUUUUCUUCCAGCUACUAUCAUGGAGUUUCCCGGCUGCUACUGGAUUCCUACGUCGAAGUAGGUUUCUUCUUUUUGGGACACCACGUUUUUAGCUAUCUUUGAUGUUCUUUAUUGAAGGAAUUUCUAAAUUUUUAUUCCCAAAUCAAGUAAACGUUCUUCUUUCUCGGUUGUUAAUCUGUAAGUUCUAUUUGACUAUAAAAUUAAUCGAAUAAAGACUCCGUCUUAACCAGAGUUAUUUCCACAAAUGAAAUGAUUGUUUUUAUUAACAUUUCCAAUGGUAUAACCCCUUUACUAUGAGAUUGGGGUUUCAUAACCUUUUCUUAGAGUGAGGUUGAGCAUUUGGGAAUGGGUACGAAAUAAUCAUGGUUCAUUUUUACUUUUAUGAAUUGAUAUUUUACUUGAUUUUUAUAUAAAUGGACGCGAGUUUCUUUUUUAUUCCUUUUUAUUUCCUGUGUGAGAAGGCCAGGGCUUUUGGACACCACUACCAUAUGGGGGAUGAAUGCUGCCCGACCCAUGUAAUGGACGAUACUAAUAUUUGAUUUUUAUCACCUGGUACGCUUAUUUGUCGUUUGAAUGUAACUUUGUGUUUUGACAUCUAGCUUGCACGAAUUACAAACGCUGGAAACCAGGCAGUUCAGCUCCCUCUUAAGAGGUCGGUGGUUUCAUGCCAUUCAUUUUGUCUGAUCGGAGAUAAAGCUGGGGGUGUCUCAUUUGAAACAACAACUGGAAACGCUUUUGGGGAUUAUACUUGUGCACGAGUUUUUCUCAUCUGUUGACUCAUGUUAAACCUAUUUUCAUCUCUUUCUCAAUUUUUAAAGAAACUUUGCAGUCAGACGUGAUAACAGUAUGUCUGGGAUACAUCAUUUAUUCUGUUUUAUCUUGAACUCAUUAUGUUUUACCCCGGCUGAUCUUUUUGUCGGGAUGCCAAUAACGUGCCAGUUUAAUGUUCAACACACGUGUACUGUUUUGGCGACCUCUUGCUAUCUGCGAGGAACAUGUUUCAGAUCUCUGUUUUAACGUUUAGAGACUAUCUAAAAUGCUUGAUGGUGCUGAUUAAGGCUUCCGUUUUAUGGUUCUUAGUUAUUUCUCUUUCAUCUUCUGGGUUGUUCCAUGGAAAGAAGCAACCGGAAACAGUUUCUACUUUUCUAGUUUACUUUCCUCCUCCCAUCAUGACUGAAUUAAUCAUGUUUUCAGAUUGUAAACUCUGAAUCAGUAGUUUGCACGAUAAAAUUUCCAUUGAUGCUGGAUUAUGUACAUGUAUCCUGAAAAGAGAUACGGAAUGUGGUAUAUCAGUUCAUCUCAUAUAUGAUGCUACUUGGACGGGGGUGCAAAUCAGAAGUCUUUGCUUUGCUAUUUUGUUGUGGUAACUAUUUUUAAAAUAUCCUUCCUCAAUUUAAAGUGUACAAAUUCAUGUGGGUGAAAACAAUGAAGAAGGAAAUACCUUUGAUCAGGUUGAUUGCUUUACAUACUAAAUAAGCUCAUUAGCUCUCUCGCUUGGAAUACAAAUACCUCAUGAAUACGAGAUACUAUCAAGUCUCCAAUGCUCAUAGAUACAAUAAACUCAGAACCCAUAGUUCCCUACUCUGCAUUAUCAGAUUGCACCUCCCUUUUUAUUAUGGAAAUCAAGUUGACCGAAGUAGGAUAUUUUUGACUCAUGUCAUCUGACAUGAGAGUCACAUCAAUUUACAAUGAUUUGAAGUAAUCAGUUGUCGAAAUCAAUGAAUUCCAGAAUUUUUUGUUGCUAUCGAAGUUUUCUCUAGGCAAUCUGUUGUAUCGAUAGGCUAAUCCAUAUGUGUUCACAUAAAUUGAAAACGAAUCCAGCUCAGCUGAUGCCUCCACAGCUACCCAUAAAUUGAAAUACCUGAUCAGCUGACUUCCACAUAUCAAUAAAUAAAUUUAGAACUGGAUCCAUCUUGUUAAUUGAUGAGGAUAUUCAGACAAAAAAGUUCUGAGGCCGAUUUUUGUUUAUUCAGACAUACUGGUUUCAGCCUGUUUAUUUUGGUCUUUGGUCUUGCGUGCUUUGAUUUUUUUUUUCCGCUUCCCGCGAAAUUGAAGACUGCACACUGAUACAAAAGCAAUCCUUGUUUCUUUUCCAGAGAGGGAAUCUCAGGAUUGGAAUUUGAUACAAAGGUAAGGACACACCUGUACAUAGUAUCUCUUUAUGCUUCUGCAUUGCGAUUUCUUGGAAAUAAUAUUUUGGGAUUUGGUUAAACAUUUUCUUUUUUAUCUACCUUUUCUGUUUUCUUUUAAGCAAUGGAGACUUUGUGGAGACUAUGCCAACUAGUGUUUUGCCUAUCUAGAAUUAAGAUGAGAAAGUAACUAGAAAAAAUAUCUUUACCAAAUACAGCCUGCUUCUUUGGUGAAAAAGUAGUUUCCCGCAUUACAAAAACCGAACUGAAGGGAUAAUAUCGGUAGGAAUAAUAACCUCGGAGCAUCGUGAAGCAUGUUCCUCUUGAAUUUUCUUUUCUUGGAAAACCAUGAGGUUCAAGAUUGAACUGGAUUUUGGAGUUCUCCCUCAUGGCAUCUUGUACCACAGUUCCUUCGUGUAGUGAUGUUUCAAUGCAUGUCUUAAAACUGCAAAAAUGAUUUGACUUCAGCAUUUCUUAUUACUUACCUUUCCAUCCGUUUUCUUGUUUUUGAUAGCAUUAAAUUUUAUUUAUUUUUACUUAAGUAAUAAGUUGGUAUAACUCUUUCUUUUCUUUUGAGGGUUCCAGGGAAUCUACUUGGCAUCUGUAACAAAAUCAGGCUGUUUGACCGUGCAUGAUUUUGAAACUUUAUAUUGCAUGAGUUAUGGCCCAUCAGAAAGUAAGUCUUGUUAUUACCUAGCUUCAAAUAUGUCUCUCCAAUGUCACCUAUGAUACAUUUUUCUGAAAUGAAACAGUACGUCUCUCUAACAUGUUGAUUUCCUCCUUUCUUUUAUUUUAUAAUCUAAUGAGAUAUCGACCAAGUUUUUGAACGCGUAAUAUAUGGUUUGUAGAGGGGCAAAACAUCUCACCUGACACCUCCAUCUGCUUUUAACGGCCAAGUUGACCAUCUAAAAUAUGUUUUUUUAUGUAUUUCAUUUCAUACAUGUUUUCAGGUAUCUAUGUUUUAAAAUGAAACUGACCCCCAGCCAUUCUUUGAGAAACUGUAGUAUUGUCUGUAUACUUUCCUGCAUUAUAAUGUUAUCCUGUUAUCUGUCAAAGUAAGAUAUUCUGGCCUUUAUUGAUCUUUUUAUAUUUAUUUUUGAUCCUUCUCUGAGCUUUUUUCUUGUUUCUUCUGUUUAUUAUAUUAUUUUGUUAGCAUCUUGAAAAGUUAGAUAUUGGUUCCACAUAUCCCUUUCAGAAAAAGUGUUUCAUUUAAGAUAUCCAUCUUCUGACAGCCCUGAAAUUCAUCAAGAACAAUUUGUGUCAAUGCUCAUGCCAUAUAUGGAUUGAUAUAUCUUAAAUCGGGGAGUCCCGAGUUUUACUCGAUGUACUGAUAUAUCUUUCCCCCACUUAACCAAAAGAGACAUUUUCUCGUUUCCAUUGUAUAUAUUCUGUGAAUGCUGAAAUCAGGUAAAUAAACUGGCAAGCUGGACAGUUUUUUUAGUUGGGAAUCUUGGCCCUACAGCUAAGAGGUUCUACUUUUGAUCCCAUCUACUAUCUCUUAAAAACAUGAAGCUUCAGUGUUUGUGAUUCGUGAAUGUGAAACCAUUUAUCUCAUCUCUAACUUGAAUUCUUAACUGUAUUGCCAAUGGUACAAAAAAGUUCUUCUUUUGUAUGCAUAUUCGCCCUCUGAUAGUCUUCAUGCAAAUGUAUUCUGAAACCUAGACUAAUAGUGGCACAUAGAUCUGUGCAAACUCUUUGAUUCAGUCUGUUCUUCACCUUCAGAAAACUCAUCAAGCUUUUUCUCCUGUCCAGAGUGAUUGUCUUCUUACUAGUGGGUUCAGCCAUGAGUAGUCGCAGUUGUUAACUGCAUUUAGUAUUCCAAUGUUGUCUGGUCGAUAGCUAUAGCCUUUGAUUUUCCUCUUUACUCUUUUCUCUUCCGUUUGCUCGUCUGUCCCUCUUCUCCCAAUCCCUUUCAGUUGUUCUUUCCAUUCUAGGAUCUGGAAGUGGCAGGAAUUUCCAAAUGAAAGUGGAAGUGAGAUUGACAAAUACAGAUAAUUUCAGUUCGUGUUUGGAACCCUGACUGUGGCAAGUAUAAUUUACAUACGGAAGGGAUUAGAUGCCCUGGUACACUACAAUCCCACUGAAUUUGACAACUGAGAAAUGAAAUUUAGGGCAGAGUGGUUAUGGAUCUCUUGGACCAAAAUUUAUCAAUAGACAUAUUGCACUCUUCUCAUUAGAGAACAUCAGCACUGCCAUCUGAUUCCCCGAAGUUGGAUGCAUCAUAUUUUACUUUGCCAUUGGACUAGAAGAAGUAACAUAGGACGAUGAACUGGUGUAGAAUGUCUAUUAACAAAAUGAAGGAAGAGAAACGAUACUGUUGACUAUGUUCCGAGGAAAGUGUUUCCAGUAGUUUUCUUGGUUCUAACGGAACUUUAUAUAUGUGAUGUUGUUAUCCUGGGUAUAGCUAACUUAUAAUUUUAUGAAUUUUUCAUUGAACGAACGAAUCAACGUACAGUUCUUUCCUUAUGUUAUCAUUGUCCAUUCCUUUUUUCGUUUGAGAACUCCCAGCCAAUGCAGUGUUCUGAAUUCUCGACUCCUUGUAGGUGUUUUGGAGGACGAGAGAAAGCAGUUGAUACACAUCUCUACCUCUCAGCACCUUGAAGUUGUUCGGUGGAAUAUAAUGAACCAAGAUGAGGUUUGAACAAAAUGUCUAUAUGCACAUUUUCUUUUUUCAAGUGAAUGAUGCAACGUAUAUUAUGGAAUACUCUAAUUUUCUUUUUCCAAGUACACGAGCCUGCACAACUUUGCUGCCAGAGUUAUGUGUCUGUUCAAAUGAAUAUCUCUCCGACUUGACCAAACACCAUUCAGAUCUCGACUUGUCAAGUAUGCAAGCUGAGAUGACUUAUGUGAGUCGGAGCAAGUUGGCCUAGGUCUGCAAACCGUAGUUUGAAAUCAGAUAUGCUUUAUAAUCAUUAUUCUCAUGUUGUAAAACUUUGUUAAUUUUAAUGGUCAGGAUCCUUUUUUAUAGAUCAACGACUUCUGUUCGGCCUCAGAUCUUGAGUUUGUUCCUUAAUUCCUAAACGAAGAGGAGGUGUUUGUUCUGUCAUGUAAGAGAAAUAUGUAUCAAUUAGAGUAGUAAUACGUAGGCCAAGAAAACAAAGUAGAUGAUUUUCUGGAAUUAAUCAAUUCUCUAAUUUACGCAAUAUAACAGCUAAGCAUCAUUAGUAAGCUCCCAAAAAAGAAUCCUUAUACUAAAAAUGACAUAAAUCCCAUUUGCCUAUGAGGUCAUCCAUCAACAAAGUAUCAGGUGCUAAGUGCUUAGCGGUUAUAAUUUAUCAUAGGAAAGCAUGGUGGAGAAUUAUCUGGGACUGCUUUAUCUGGAUAUUCCUUCUUAUGAAUCUUAAACAUGAAUGAAUCGGUUAAACGAAUUUGAUUUUAAUCCUUCGAUGCUUGUUUCCAAUUCUUACUCACGAAGAACGUUGUGGCGUCUUUAAGAAUUUGAGAGGAUUUUGUAGGGUGUUCUCCUUUCUGUGUUCAUGAUGGUGAAUGAUUCCUCAGCUCCAUUUAGAACUAGGGUGCUCCUUUGGGUUUGACAGAAAGUAUUAGGAUAAGAAGGGAUAAUUUCAUGCCUAUUCUCGCUUACAAUAUUCCAGUUACGAUUCAUUAUUUGAGACUGUCGUGAAGGAAAGCAUUGAAUCGCAAGACACGUCUCGUUUUUGAGAGGUUAAAAUAAAACAGUAUCGCUAUAACUCAAAACAGAACCACAGUUCUGGCUAAUAUACUGGGGGUGCCGGGCUACUAAUUUGGACCACAAUUCCCUCUGAAAUUGUUGGCCAUAAUUUGGACAUCCUGAAAUCUAUCCACGAUGAUCGAUUUCAGCAUACUGCUUUCUAUUGUGGGGGUAGUUAGUGUCUUGUAUGACCUAUCAUCAGGUAUUAUAUACGAAGUUCGUAUGGGAUAAGAGUUAUUUGCUGAUUUAAGGUAACAGUUCGUUAUAGGAUAAGCAUAUAAAUGGGGCUUUCUGCUAGCGUAACGGAUUCUUAUCAUGAUUUAAAGUUGGCUGUUGGUUAAGGGAUAAAAUGAGAUGUUUUUGACUGAUGACUGUUGAAAAAGUGUCUUGUUCUUUAUUUAUUCACCUCUCUUCCCAAACUACGGACUAGCAUUUGAUUUCCCAGUUAUCAAAGGAAGAAUAUAUGAGAGAGUUCAGCUAGUGAUGGCAGUGAGUAAUGAGUUCUUACUUGACAAUAAGGAGGUGUAGGUGCUGAGAAAUCCCGGUCAUGCUUAACAAUUCCAUGCUUUUCCUAUCCUCAUACCGCUAUUCAGCUCUGGAAUUACUAUGAUGCCUACCAUGCUGAUAAUGCUCAUGGGCACAAGGAUUGUGCAUUUUUUUAGUCUUGGUUCUUGAUGUAUGAGAAGUAUGACGUUCUUUUUCACAGUAGUGGGUCCAUUAUGUCUAGUGCCACAUACCAACUCUAAAUUUAUAUGAUUAUGUCGUCCUCUUGUCAGUCUUGGGAUUCCUCAUACUUUUAUUCCUCCAUCCUUAUUCUGACAGUCACAGUACCACUCGCACCUCUCUUGUGUGGUCCACUCGUACCUCUCUUGUCUUGGGAUUCCUUCAUUUAGUCCAUUGACUCGCCAUCUUGAUUCCGCCAAUCCUUUGUGACAACUGACAGCUGGUUUGCUUGGCUAUUUCUUCAUUUAAGAAAUAGAUGAAGGCACCUUGUUGCCCUUUCUUAUACUCUUUUCCGAACUUCAUUACCCAUGGAUUGCUUAAUUAGAUCAAGCCAGCCAGAAUGGCUUCGCCCAGAAACAUUCUGAAUUAUGAAAUGGAUCAAUUCAGUUAGAUGGGCUAAUUUGGGAGGAAAUAGGUUUCCAGUUCAGCUUAAAUGGCUAAUGUGGGAAGAAAUUUGUUGUCAAGAAAAAAUCGUUUUGAUAACUUGAAAGAUAGAAAAGGACAAAAUAAAGAAAAAUGAGAAGCUCUAUUUCUUUCGGUGUUUAUUUUCUAUACCCUUUCAUUUCCAUUUCAGUGUGUGGUCAGCCAUUGAUGCAAACCAAACAUGGAUAAACAGUAGGGAAACAAUUCUGACUUCUCAAUUCCUAGAAAAAUGGCUAUUUAUAUACAAUUACCCCUGCCCCCCCCAAAAGGAAAACUACCUGGGUUAAAUCCCACGAUUUAUGGGAUACUCAAACAAACUAGGAAACUAACCAACAGCCCAAACAACCUAGGAAACUGAACAAAAGAAAGUAACUCUUAAUUACACGUUUUCGCCCGCAGCUGUGGCUAGUCAUACUUAUGAUUGCGCCAGGAUCGGUCAAAUUGGUUAGGCAACAGUGAUACUUAUGAUUGCUUUCACUAUUUCCUGGGACUAUGUUGUGGUGUGGUGAUACACGUUUUGAUAUGUCGUACUUAUUAAGGACACCAGCGAAUAAGAUUCGACACACAAUCUCCCAUGUUUUUUAUCCUUAGUCUCUACAAUUUUUGGUUCACAAUAUCUGGGCAAUACCAAAGCUAGAUUAUGCUAAAAAAAGAGGAAAAAGAUGCAAGCUCCUUCCACCAGUGCGGAUGAGGUUCACACAUUUUAAAAACUUUUCACCGGAAAGAAAGGAAAAAUAAAUCAUCAUUUUAUAUAAAGGGGUUCUGCAUAUAUUUAUAGAAUUACCCAGAAAUCUCCAGAUGUUUGAGGACUCUUGUCAGGAUUCUUUUUCUAAGCUUAUGCACAAUAUGACACGUGUGAAUAGAUUAUUAUGUUCAUUUCAUGCUAAUCACCUUCCAACAAGUACUUCUGUAUUUAGUUGUCUCGAAAACGUUUCAUAAAUUGCUUUCUGCGUUUGCUGUGUUUGGGAUGUUAUAUUGCAAGACUUGGAAUGGCAGAUUUUUGUGAUGUGUAACUUUGUACUCCUUUUAACAUUUUUUUUUGCUCAAUAUCUCUGGUCCUUUUUGUCUGUAGGUUGCUUGUGCAUCCAGACAAAGUGACAAGUUACUUAUUUUUGAUAUUGGUUAUAUAUCAUCUGAACCUAUUGAGGUUAGUCUUUCAUUUUUCAUGUUGUGAAGUCCAUCGCCCUGAUUUCUUCUUUCAAAAGUUCCCACAGACAUACCGGUGCACAUAUCUUUGUUGAUGUUUGGUCUGUCUGUUGUGCAAUGUGUUAAAUCAACUACUUUUUGAUCUUCAGUCUUCUAUGCAUGUUUAAGUAUUUUUUUCACCAAAUCAAUAAGAGUGGUCAGUUGUGUUAGGUUUUGUUCUUCUGUUGGCAUAAUUCUCAACUUUGAAGGUUUUCCGUUCUUCUGUGAGAACCUUGUUGGUGGUACAGUUCAUGAUGAAUUUCUUAUUUUGAAGUCCUACGGUUGAUAAUUACAUCUCCAAUUAUCAGUGCAGGUACUUGAAAAGGGGAGAUCAAAAUUUUCACUAACGGGAUGCAAUAUAUAUGAUGGUUUAUCUGAUAUUACCUUUUCUAAGUCGGACAAAUUCAGGUUUGUAACGACCUUUUUGAGUUCAUUAUUGCUAUUCAGUAUUCUAAUGGAACAAACUUGUGGAUUAUGUUGACUGGAUCCAUGAUACUAGAUUCUUUGUCUAUCAGAGUAUUACAUGUAUACUGUACCAAUUCUUGCACUGCAUUAGAUGCUCUUUGAUCCAGUAAUGAAUGUGACCUUGUGAUAGGUGCGAGCUUUGUAGAAAUGUUAAUAGAUCAUGUUAACAAGUUCAAAUAAUACGCUUUUACGAGUCGAGCUUUGCAUUAAUGUGCACAUAUCCUAAGCUAUGGGGAAACAAGCCUGUCAAUGGUGAAGUGAAAUAGUUCACAUACAGGAUUGGGCCUAACCCUUUUUCCGCCCAGACAACAUCAAAACUUAGUCGUGGUUUGAAAUAUGCUGGAAACUUCACCUGUGACCCUCGAAUGGUAUUUCACUCAGCCCAAUCCUUGUCCUAGCACAUGCAUCAAUCUCAGCCAGUGGCCAAGACAUACUAAACACAAGCCCAAUGUAAACUACGGUGGGAUGAGGCGCGGACUAAAUGAUCCAGUGCAUUGACGCCCCGGUAUCCUAUUAAUGAUACGAAUUUUUGUACUUAAUUUAAGAUAAUUUUUAAUCAACUGUCAAGAUUAUUGUCUAUAGGAUAAAUUUAUUAGUAUUUCAAGGACCAUCAUUUUUAUUAUUUUUUAUAAAUUAAGUGAUUUUUUCAGGAAAUUGUUUCUUCUUCAUUAGUAUAGUUCUGUCUUUGCAAUUUAUAUUUAAACUUCAACUUUAGUUUAUAUAUUUUUAUAUUUAUAUUUUUUGAGAGUACGAAAAUUAAUUGAAAAAUCUCCUUCAUCGCUUGUAAAUUUUUUCUCCUUCAAUAUUACAGUUGUGUAAAAAAAUUUGAAUCAUAAGAAUAAUAACAUAUAUCCUACCUGUGGCUUGCUUUAUUGAUGCCUAGUUUGCCUGAAACGUUUUUCAGUUUGAUGUGUCAUGCAGACACUUUUACCUUUUUUUAAUUGCCAUAGAUUGGCUUCACUCCAAAAGGUUGUUUUCUAGUCUACUAGUGCAGCUACGGAAUCAGAGUCAGUGUAAUUUCCAUACAAAAGAACCCUGCGUUGAUGUGUCAUGGAAACACUUUUUACCUUUUUUAAUUGUCAUAGAUUGGCUUCACUCCAAAAGGUUAUUUUCUAGUCUACUGGUGCAGCUACAGAAUAGGAGUUGGUGUAAUUUACAUACAAAAGAACCCUGAGUUGGUGUAAUUUAGAAAAAGUUAUCUCAUUCUUUCUUAUAAAUUGGGACUCGUACAAUUGCUGUGGUCCUGGUCAGGGAUGGUGAGCUGGUGUGUAGAUUGGUGGUAGGCCAUUCUGUUUGAUGGAGGGCAAUAUUUUUGAAGUCAUGGGCACAUGCCUUGAGGUUGGGAAGUUGUCUUAAAAAACUAUAGGGAUGAUCAGUAUUGUCUUGCUGCUAAACUACGGAGAUGAUUUCGUUUGAUGACAUGCAAAUGAUGAGGAGAACAGGUCAGUGCAUUAUAUGGUCUUCUGCAUUGCAGAUGGUGACGUCAAUUUGGCAUCUUCAUACACUAUCUUAUAAUGGAAUCAUGUCUGCUUAAAAUUAUGAUUAUUUCCUUGUGUAUAAUAGGAUUAUUAUGCAACAGUUAUGAAUCUUCAUUUCCUUAUCGAUCUUGUCAAUGCCUAUUGAAUUGCUCAGCUUUGAUUGAUAGGUUGCUUGCCUCAGAUACCAGAGGGUUUGUUCGCAUGUGGGACAGAAGACUUGGCUCCCUUCCGUGUUUGGAGCUUACUACGAAUUUGCAGUCGCCCAUUAAUAGUAUUCAACUAGACAUAGAAGAUCGGGUAAAUUUCCUCUACUCAUUGUUACGAAAUUAUCUUCCUUUUCGUAACUACUAUAAUUUCGACUGGUAAGGGAUCAUAGUUGAACGUGGCCAUGAGGAUUGCUGCAAUAUAUUUUAUCACUUUGUUGAUUUUGCUGAUGGAUCGAUGAAUUCCUUUAUCAAGACCAAAAACUUACGAAAAAUUCUUCUUUGCAUGUUUCUUCCUUUGACAUCUUAAAAUCGGAAUGAAGCCCCCAAUGAACUUCGAAUUAGCAUCGAUGGAAUUUUCUAUAACAACGUUAUUUGUUCUUAUUGAGAUUUUUGGAUAUUGUCAAUCCAUAAGGGUCUGAGCCCUAUAGAUCAUUAUAACACUUCUUUGGGGUUCUACUUCCUUAUUUUAACUUUCAAACAUAUACUUUAUUGGCAUGAUGACAUGGGCCUGGGAUGGAACAAGGCUGAGUACGUUGAAAAAUCUUACUUCGGAUGAGCAGUAUAGAUGGCAAAGGGCAAGCAAGAAGAUGGGUGAGCUCGUACUGAAUCAUUUUUUCUUAUGGAAGGAGAUGAUCUUUGAAGAAUAUUAUAUGGAGGUUCUCAAAUGAUAAACAGCAGCUUAGGCUAUCCGAUUGCAAAUUUUGAAAGAGUCUGGAAAAUUGUCAUGGAUGUCCUCUGAUGUGUGUAAUACUUCAAUGAAUCGGUGAACGUGUUUCUUAAUUGGACAUAAAAACCAAAAAAAAAUACCAUUCCGAAUACUUGAUGGUUUGUGAUUUGAUGAUUGCAACAACAUUUUUGUGCGGCUAGAUAGUUAGUCAGGUAAUUAGGAUUCGCAACCAAGUCAUCUCAGCUUUACAAUGACCUUAUGAAUUGGUCCAUUUUUAAAAAUAUAUCCUAUACAUGUCGGAAUUUCUACAUUUAUCGAUGAAAAUCUAGUUAUAAAGCGAAUUACGGUCAACAUGAAUGUGCUUAUCGACUGGAGUCAAACAGUGUCUUUGAAUUGGGUAAAUAAAUUUUGAGCUAUUUCACUAUGAUGAAAAUACCAGGAUGUUUUUCCUGUAGACAUAAAUCACAUCUAACAUAUCGUUCUUGUGCAUAAAACUGUAGAUUCUAUUUGGUGCAAGUGAACAUGGAGUGAUCUAUACAUGGGAUCUUCGAGGAGGACGGGCAUCUUUUGCAUUCCAGAGUCACAAUCAGGUUAGAGAAGCAUAUUUCAUCAGUUGUUUUUUUUGCUCCAGGAUCUGGAUACUUAAAUCUCGGACGCAGUUUCAUGAGACAUGAGUUGUAGUUAAGAAAGUUUCCUUGGUAUUAGUUCUCUAACUAAAUUCAAAGAUGUAACGUAAUGAAUUUUUUUGGUCGCGUUUAUUCAUGACUCUGACGAGUACGAGUAAUGCUAUUACCACAUGCUUUUCAUUCUGAGAUGGAUUUAAUUUAUUACUUACGUAGAGUUUAGGAUUAAGUUACUUCGGAUGGCACAAUGCCACUCAUAUCAUUUAUCAUGCAACCGACAUCAUGGCCAUGAGCGAUAAUGAUCAUCUCUGUCACUGGUGUUCUCAACUUGUGUUUUUUAUGAGCACAGAACUGUCAGUCAAUUUUUAACUCUCAUACUUUUCGUGGUUCCUAGUUAGCAUAAGAAACCUUGCAAUGCUUUUGGCAUCUGGGUACUUGGGGGACGAUUAUUCAAAUCUUUGGUUAGUUUCUUUCUCUCUUCGUGUACAACUAAAGAUGAGGAAGGAGAAAAGAGGAGAGUGGGUCUAGCAGAGGAACACGGAAAAUAAAGAGAGAUAUGAAGAGGUAUAGUGAGUACAGUAGGGGAACAAAGGGAGAGAUUAGAUAGAUUGAGACUGAUUAACCAAUGUUGAGGGGCUGGGGAGAAUAAGUGAUAUACGGAGAGAGACAGUUUAAAGAAGUGAAAAUAGAUGAUGCCUUUGAUGAACCGUGAACAGCUGUCCCCAGAUGACCUGUAAGCAUACACGGCCAACUGAGUGAGAGGGAGGCAACCAGAGAUUUAAAGUAAAGGGAGGUUGAUAUUUUAUGGAUAAGUUCUACUGGUUCCAGAAUUACCUGCAUGCCCCCAAAACCGCAGCAACGUUGACCUUAGUAAUGAAACUGUGCCCAGAUUUCUAAGUGGUACUACGGGACUCUCUAGGCAUUUUCUUUAACACAUACUUCGGCAUCAUGUUCCUUUCUGACAUUAUCUUGAUACAUAAUACACCGACUUUUAUCUGUUUGGUAUUGUUCUCUUUUUGCAUUGGCCUUCAUUAUACAUCAGAUGCUGAGCUUCAAUCACGGAAAUUUUGUGUUGUAAGUAGGUUCAUCAUCCUCUUUUGACGUCCAUGAAGAUAGCAGCAAUGCUGGAGAAAAUAACAUCCCUGAAGGUACAAAAAUAUUUAUAUUCGACCCCGUACCAAUUUCUUUUGAGAUCUUUACGGUCAUCAGUACAUUUAUUUUUGGUUGGUAAUAAGGUUUCUGCUUACUCUCUGCUUCAUACUUGCAGUUGAUCACGAAAAAAAUUAAACUAAAAAGUUGAAAAAUUAGGCAGACUCGGAAAAUAGCGGCUAGAAGGUAAAGAAUAAGUCUAGCUGAAAAAUGUUUUCUGGGUUCUACUGUGCGUGAUUGCUAGGGAAACCAUAAUGGGAAUAAAAUACAAAUAGAAACUGAACGACAUAAAAAAUGAAGGACGGAAUGGAAAACACUUCUUAGGGUUGGUGGACAAUAGAUAUAGGUAAUAAUAACUGACAAUAUUAAUUAUUUCAAGGAUUUAUCCUCUUGAAAGCAAUCUUUAUCGAAACAUGGAUUUUCAUGUUUAACGUUGGCUUAUAUCAUGAAAGUUUAUAUCCAUUAUCAAUCAAAUGUUUCUCUGCAUAGAAUGCAUUAAAAAUCGUUUAUUGAAGCCUGCUUGAAAUUGUUUACUAUCCGCAGAACUUAUUCCUUUCUGCGUUCAUGAUUGAAAUUCGUCUUUGCCGGACAAUACAUAUCUCAGGAGCAUCUAAGCAAAAAGGAAGCACAAGUUGAGUUGACAACAUGAAGGCACCAAAUUUUUGGAUGUAGUGCCAAUGAAAACGGAAAAUAAGACAACAUUAUCUUUGAGACAAAGGAAAACGGAAAUAAGAUAUUUAAGAGUAAUUGAAACCGAACAAUGAUAAAAGAAGACAAAUUCAGUAUUUUGUAACCAUAGUGCAGUAAGGCGUGAGGUGUUAUGUACGGCGAAAAAUAAUGAUCAGUAGACUAUAUAUGAAGCGUAGAAUGCAGAUUUGAGGCAGUAGGUGUUUCUAUAAAAUCGUCUCGGACACUGAGGUGGAACCGGUGCACCAGAAAGUCACCAUUGGGGUUGAACUCAAAAGGCAGUACUUGGAGCAGAAUGUGAUAGCAUAUACUUAGAGGAGAUGACAAGAAUAGGGAGUAACUACGAACGAUAAGGAAAAAAUGGCAUUGCUAAGGAACUGAGAGGAAAUCCAAGUUUAUGAAUGAAUUCAUGAAUCAGUAAAUUUAUGCGGUUCAUGAACUACGAAAGUGAAGACUAGGGGUACUACUAAAAAUAAUGGACGAUUCCAUCAAAAAGUUCUACUAAAGAUUAUAUAGUGUCGAUCCGGGAAUUAGUUGAAGUGAUAAGAAUCAUUAUGUGAAUUCUGACCUACGAGUACUGCUUGUGUUGGCAGAAUCGACUAUGUGAAUUACGAUCAAAUAUGAUCCUUGUUUUUUUCUUUUUAUUACAACUAUAGGAAACAGAAAGUAAUACGUCAUAUAAUAAAUGUAACAGAGUGAACAGUAAAUUCUGAAAUUGAUGCUUUUUCCGUUGGUCACCAAAACAUAGUUCAUAUUUAAUAAUAUGGUUAUCCCUCUCCCCAAAAACUACUUGAAUUUUGUAUAAGUCCCCAAACCAUAUUUAAUAAUAUGGUUAGCAUCCAGUCUCAGUUAAGUUCUUGUUAAGUAUGAAGAAUAUUCGUAGAGUACCCCAUUAUUCCUAGGAUAACUAUCUUUUUUUUUCAAAAAAAGACAGUAAAACGUGCUAAGGUUAGAGAGGAUGGAAAAGAGGACGGUCUUUGCUGCUGUCGUCCCCAGACUGAGGGACCCCCCAGUAGAGAGAGAGAGAGAGAGAGAGAGAGAGAGAGAGAGAGAGAGAUCUAGGGUCUUAGAAUAUAUAGGCAACUGCAUUUUACUUGCAUAUCUCUAAUGAAAAGUAGUCAAAGGAGUAAAUGCUAAGACUAAGUUUCUUGGGUCUUACAGAUCUAAUUGAAAAGACAAGGAGUGCAUCUAUAAUUCAAGAAGAUUAUGGGGAGCAAAAACUAAUGAAACCUUAAUAAUGUAAUACAAAAUGUUAGAAGUUCUAAGGGUAUUUUGGGAAAUGUUCUGUAGGGCUUUCUUCUCUUUUAACGGAUGUGAGAGGUUGAUGAUGGGUUGAGCGGUUUUUGCCACUCCUCCACUCUGUCCUCCGUGACAGAAGACAUUCUUCCUGUCUUGUUCCUCAAUAAAUUACCAUUAAAUAGUACAGAUCAAGUAGAGGUCCGGCAUGAAAUAUAUGAAACUAAUGGAAGUGUAUGACAAUCGUUUCUCAUUUUGUUUCAGGCGCAGACUACUAUUUUACCCAAGGAAAUACAUUCAAUAAACUUCAAUCCAUCCUGCCCGUAUCAGUUGGCAUUCCAUCUCGAUGAUGGCUGGUAUGUUACAGAUAACCAUCCAAUUUCCAUUUCUUAGUUUACUUAUUAUGAAUGAAUAAUGGGCGCUGGUUUCAUUUCUUGUCUUGAUGAUUCGAUUAUAUCUAAAUUGAAAUCAACUAUGAUAUGUUUUCGUCUUUGUUUCUUCAUUUUCCAAUGAAUCCCUGUUUAAAUUUUUUUAAGGUAAUAUACCUAAUUCUCACUGGUAGCUUUUUGUGCCUAUGUCAGACUAUGGGCUGCUAGAACUUGUUAUAAAGUCUAUUUUACCGGCCAUCUUUUACGUUAUCAUUUUUUUCCUUCACUUCUUAUUAUCCUGAUACUGGGCAAUGCCUUUUUGCGAUGAUAUGCCGUGUGUUAACAUCUUUCAGUUAAUUGCUGUCUCUAUAGGUCUGGAGUUCUGAAUACUAAUGACUUGAAUGUGACACAUAUGCAUUGUCCACCACCUGCUUGGUUGUAAGUGGAAUUGACCAACCUCUUUGUCUUUUAUUGGAAGGUGGUGUUGCUUACUAUCACAUGUAGCCAUCCUCUGAUAAUUUUAAUGAACUUUCGGGACUAGGGAUGGCGUGGACUCGACUUCCAGUUUCUUGGAUAUGCGAAAACCAUCAUGGCUGUCAUUGUGUUCGGUGAGUUUUAACAAAUAAAAAGUCAUAUGGAGACGUUUAUAUGCAUGUAUCAUCUAUUCCAUCUUUACUAGUGAGUAGUGUAAAUUUUCUGUUGUCUUUGCGUUCAAUUUCACGGAUCUUGCUUUAUAGUCUGAAAGUUCCUUUGCCUUUAGGCUCAGCCUCUGAAUAGGACUACAGUAUAUAAUUAUAAGAAUGACAUCAAUUUUCGUCCGUAUUUUCAUGGUGAACUUUUUUGGAUGCACAUUUGAUUAUUAAUUGCUGAUAACGAAGAGUUUUUAACAUUCUUCUAAAAAAUGGAAGGUGUUGACAUUUAGUUAAACACUUGUUUCAACUGUUUCUCAAGUACUUUUUUUCGAUAGACGUUGUGAAAACUGUGGAUCAUCCACUCUUGUUGCACUGAAAGAGCCCUCAUUGCAUUCAUCCUAUGUCUGCCUGCUUAAAAAUGUAUUGCUUUAUGGAUCAUCUUUCAGGCGAUUAAUAAAGAACUAUGAAAUGUUCUUACCACAUGAAUGCUACUCUAAAUGAUGAAAAGUAAGCAAUAUCACAAUAUAUAUACGGGAUCGAGUAUAAUACAUUUCACCAACAUCAUUUCACCGACAUCAAAACCCAUGGAUUGUUAGCCCACCUUCGCAAUCUGUUCUUUUUCUAGAUGUUAAAUACGAGUAUUGGAACUGUGUGGUUCCAGAGCUGGGUUGGCUAAAAAUUAAAGGAUCAUCGACCUACAAGCUGUUUCAAACUGGGGGGCAUGGCCAGUUAAAGUAAUCCCAACAUCACUAUUGUUUUUUUUGCAACGGAGGUGACAACUUGUCAAACCACCGAAAGUUUUUAAAAAAGUUAUGACACUGGUCAUGCUCAAACGAUCUACUUGUCCAUUCACACUAAACGGCUUUCCAACGUAUUAAUCAGAGAAGAACAUAAGAGAGUUUUUUGGUCAGCGUUCCGGACUUCUCUGGUUGAAUUCUCGUUUGUUUUUUUCGAAAUCUGCUUGAUCAUUGCAUAUUUGUUUUACAGUUCAUGUAAGCUCAACCAUCUGUGUUUCUCAAGACCACGAGUUAAAGAAUAGACCUUUAAAUUCUCCAUCCCUGCUGGAAAUGUAAAAAGAUUCUCUAACUUGGCGCAUCUAUUGUUGAGUAAGGCUCAGAAACCUCAGAUUUGAUUUGCCCAGUUAUGGGUUCAGAACCUAGCUCUGAACCUUUCUGCUUUUUUUGAAGAUGCAAUUGUUUCUAACUUUUUCCGUCACGAGGACAAUGAAAUUAUACGCGUUACUGUCUUUUAUCCUUGCCAUGUCUGAGAAUGUUCCUGAACAUAGAUAUCGAAUUCAGUUCUUAAAUACCAGUUGGUAACCUGUUUUUCUAAUGAUUCCUUCCUUGUUCUCGUGAUGGUUCAAUAAUACUGCUUACCCUAGUGAUUUUUCCCUCUCUGUCUGCAUUAGAGAAACCUGAUUGUUCUCAACUCUUGCUGUUUCUGAAGCAUGUGUAACUUUAUUUGAGUCUUCUUCUAUAGACAUUUGCAUUUAAACAAAGGUUGGCGUGUGUGUGGGGGAGGUGACUUCUUAGAGCUACGAUCCUUUUUUAUUUUUUUAUGGAUGCAGAAAACAGUUUUUUGUUUUUUUCUGUUUUUUUGGUUCAACGACAUUGAACAGGAACCAUAUGGAAAAUUCUUAUAUUAAACCUUAUUUUUCUUUUUUUGAAGAUCUAUGCAGCUCCUUCCCACUCCGGAAAUGGGAUUCAUCUACUUGAUUUUUAUCCGGAUACAAGAUCAGGAUGCCAUGUGGAGUACAAGUAAGCUACGUUUUCCUUUUUCGUUUUCAUUUAUUUUUUACCUGUAAAGUACCAGUGUAGACACCUCAUCUGAUAUUUUAUCCCCAAUAUGUAUUUAUUUAUUUUCGUUUCAAAUGGCACAGCUUUCGACUGGUUUCAUCGGUUUGUAGUCAACCUUCAUGCUAUCAAUCUUGAUAAAAAUUAGGCAUUCAAAUAAUUAAACCAGCUAUUUUGAUCCGUUAGUGAAGAAUCUAACAAGUGCUGAUAUACCCCCCGAAAGAAACCUGAAAAUCGAAACAAAUAUGAGUCAUUCUACUGAAAUCGGAUGGCCAACUGGCGGAUGCAAAUCUCAAGUGACCCUGAGAUUCGGAGGCAGGGUUGUAUGGGGGGGAAGGCCAAAGGCCCUUAUACAAUAUGAGGAUAGAUUGAAUGGAAACCCAUAAGAUUUUGGAAAUCAUGUGCUACCAUAUAUAAAACGUUCAUCAGUGGUAAGAUCAUGUACGACUACUGGCUUCUGCAGUUACCAUGAGACAACCCUGUCGAAGGAAAGCAGUCGAGCCAUUCACAGCAAGUUCAUCCACUUAUCAGAACCUGUGGCGGUCUGCGCUGCGCAUCCCCUCAACGGCGCCAUCAUUGCAGGAUCAAAGGUUUUUUUUUUUUUUUUUUUUAAUAAUUAAAAAUACCCCACAACAUUAGAAAAUUAAUAUUAGAUCCUCCUCUUUCAUGCCUAAUCGACGUCUUCUUCUCGCAUUGCUUCGGUUCAGCAAUCCUCGUUGCUCCUGGUUUCGCAAGACGCUGGGCGUGGGUGA